GCGUGGCCUCUGCGCACGUUCAUCGGCGAACAACUUCAAGCAAGUGAAAACUAACAUAAGUGCGCGUGCACGGAAUAAGCUGUAGCCACUUUCACGUUAUUUUUUGUGCGUUUCUGUACGCGCCGCUCGUAUUAGGCCACGUCAAAAUUAAUUUCGUCGUUGGCCCGUGAUGCAAUAUACACAUUUCGAAUGAUCGAGUUUAUCCCGGGAAAAAAUGUGAAGAAUGUAUUGUAGCUGACUACGUCGGUGUAUCGAGGCUGUUUGACAAGGGCAGAUAGCACUCAGCUCAAGUACUAUUUUUAUUCCAGUUUAACCUCAGUCGAGACACUCGCUCGGAAAUGUCAUUCGAGGGGAAAUACAAUGCGAAAAGUCCCGCCGUGAAGAGAUUAAUGAGAGAGGCUCAAGAGCUCCACGAAGCUACGGAAGAAUAUUGUGCAUCUCCUUUAGAGGACAAUCUUUUUGAAUGGCAUUUCACUGUACAAGGACCACCAUCCACAGACUUCGAAGGUGGUGUUUACCAUGGCAGAAUUUUGUUACCACCAGAAUACCCUAUGAAACCCCCAAACAUAAUAUUGUUAACCCCCAAUGGACGUUUUGAAACCAACAAAAAGAUUUGCCUAAGCAUUUCUGGCCAUCAUCCGGAAACAUGGCAACCUUCGUGGAGUAUCAGAACAGCUUUGUUGGCUUUAAUUGCCUUUAUGCCAACACCAGGGAAUGGGACAAUUGGUUCUUUAGAUUAUAGUAAAGAAGAAAGGCAGAAGCUUGCAAAAAAAUCACUAAACUGGCAAUGCGAUACUUGCGGCAAAGUUGUUGAUUUGUUGUCAAAGAAUACAGUCAAAAAACCUAUCACAGUAGAAGAGCAAACUAUGUUAAACACAAUAGCAUUAAAGGCUGAUGACUCACCCACUUCAGAUACAUCUUACUUAGUCAAUUCAGAUACUGUAUCUGAGAACCAACUGAGACAACGCGGUAUCGAGCCAAUUAUUAAUGAGACUCAAGAUCGACAACAGUCUGAUGUCAUAGUAAAUCAACAAGUAGAAACGAUGUCAUCUUCGAACGAUUUAUUUUGGAGCAUUCUGAUCGCUUCCUUAGUAUCAGCGAUAAUUCUACUUGUUUUACGACGGCUAUUUCUUGUUUAAAUUAUUCUAAAUGUAACAAAACGUUAUGACUGUAAGUAUGUUAACAAACGAAGUAAAUUUUAUACACAUUUUAUGAAACAUUUUUAAACUUAGAAGAUGUCAAAUUUAUACACACUAGAAAUAACCAGAACUUCUCAUGAAAAUAAUAUGUGACAGAGAUUGCAUUGAAAUAUUCACUGUAGUAUACAUCUCUUUCUUUAUCUUUCUCUUAUAUUAAAAAUUAUAAAAUUAUAGAAACUAGUUGUUUUUGCGUAUAAACACAAGAUUUAUAUAUUACGUUAUUUUGUUUUUUAAUUGGUGGUAUUUAGUUAUCUUUUAGAUGUCUUUUUAACUUUUUGAUAUAUAAUAUAUACUUGCAAUGCAUAAUAAAAGGAGCUACAAAUUGCAUUUAACAUGCAUACUUAGUUAAUAAUUUAUAUAUAUAUAUAUUUAUGUAUAUAUAUAUAUAUAUAUAUAUUUGUUUAGUUAUGUGUAAAUUAGAUCAGUGUUAAACAAAUGUAUUACUUUUAUCAAAAUCAUACCGUAUUUGUACAAAAAAUUGA